AUGAGCGAUGCCGCCGUGGCCGAAGCCCGCCGGCGCCUCGCCGCCAUGCGCGGCAGCUUGGAGGGCCUCCGCCAGCACCAGGCGCGGCUGGAGGCGGUCUGUCGCCAGGCGCAGGACAAGGAGGCAAAGCUGAAGAUGCAGCUCGAGGAGCUCCUCGUCGAGGCCGAGAAGGUCAAGCCAAGGCGAGAGGACAUUGAGAGCUUGUUCUACUCCGAUGAAGGCUGGGGAACAUGGGAGCAGGAUUUCCGGCGCGUCUGGUCCGCGAAUGCCAAAGCUGCAUCCAGCCUUCCAAGACAGCUUCGGCCACUCCAGGCCUCUAUGCUCUUGCCGAGUUACCAGAGAAAUGGGGCCUUCUUGUGCAGCGAGUCCCCCCUCGCGGCGUUCCUUCCUGACUUUGCCAGUGCAGAGGAAUGCGCCAAACUAAUUGAGUUGGGCUUUCGGACCUGCAGGCGUCACAACGAAGACGCGCAGGAGAUGCAGCGCACGGGAGAGGCCUCCACGGAAGUGCUCCGUGGCGUCGCCACUGCCUCUCUGGAGGUAAGUCGUCUCUCUGGUGUGGACAAAGACUUGAUGCUGGAGAUGCAACAGCGUGUUGCAACCCUGACCGGCAUCCCCAUCCAUGGGCAAGAGAUCAAUCCUUUUCUGAAGUUCGAUCAGCCGGCUGCUGGCCAGGCUGGCCAUGUGCCAGACGAUCUGAGCAUCGGCUUGCAUCUGGAUGUCAACGGCGGCUUUCCUCAUUGUGUUUGCUCUGUCAUCCUCUAUUUGAACGAGGUGGAUAGUGGUGGACGGACGGUCUUCCCAUGUGCGGAAACACCGAACAUGCCUGCGGAGGAGGAAGCACGCUGCCGGGCUGUAGGGGAAGUGCUUGCAGGUGCUGGGCACACGCACACUAGCCAUUCUGCUGCGGCGGAAGCGCUCGGCGAACAGGCUGCAGAGCUUGUGCGACGAGCGAACGGGUCGCUGGCCGGCCUGAGGGUCGUGCCGACACGAGGAGCCGCGCUUUGCUUCUUCACGCUGCGGGCGAAGGGAGGCGAGAGCGGCGAGAACUUCGGACCGGACCCAGCUUCCUGGCACGGCGGCGCUGCCGUUACGGGCCGCAUGGGGAAGUGGACCUUGCAAAUCUUCAAGGAGGUGCCGAUUUCGCACCGCUGUGGCGGGCCUUCCGAGGAGGCGAGAUACAUCGAAUCUCUGCGACAGCGCUUCUUGCAGGCUGCGACAAGCGUCGCUGCAAGUGACUAA